GGAAGCGUUCGUUCGUCGACGUUCUCCUCGUAUGUGGCCGGCGGCAAGCGUGGCAGUUCGGCUUCUGCCGUUUCCGCAACAUCAGACAAAGGAGAACUCGUCGACACGUUCAGCAAGCUUAACGAUCUCUGUCGAAUAAAUAAUCAGCUACUGAUUGGAUUGGGUGUCGGCCAUCCCAAAGUGGAUCAAAUCUGCACUACCCUCGCUAGAUAUGGUAUCCAUCCAAAAAUGACCGGUGCUGGUGGUGGCGGAUCUGUAUUCGCUUUUCUUAAACCAGAUACACCGCAAACGUUACUGGAUAUGAUCAGCGGCGAAUUGAUAAAGCUUGGCUACGAGGUAUGGCAACCGCCUUUGGGUGGCCCUGGAGUCAUUGAGCACCAAAGGCGACCGGAUCUAUUUCUGACGCCAACGCCGUCGACAACUUGUUCGACGCCUGCGUCUAAGCAUAAGUAG